AUGUUGUCAUUCCUAGGCUCCUUUGCGCUCGCCCUCUUCAGCCUUUUCGCCUUUCUCGCUCUAAGGACACUCUACACGGCGUUCCGUGCCGGCAUCAGACAGGUUCCUGGGCCAUGGCUCGCCAAAUUUACUAUCUUUUAUCGCAUCUCCAUGGUCACAAAGGGGAAAGGAGUCCAGGAGUACCGUCAGCUGCACGAGGAGUUUGGUGAUGUAGUCAGAGUUGGUCCAAGUCAUGUCUCCGUAAAUGAUCCCCACGCCAUCCAACAAAUAUAUGGUAUUUCAAGCAAGUUUAGAAAGUCAGACUUCUACAGUGUCUCUCCUCCGUUUUACGAAGGGAAGCCGCUUGAUAACAUGUUCACUGUCCGAGAUUUCAAACAGCACAGACUUCUGCGCAGUGCGACUACCCAGGUCUAUUCGAUGACCAAUCUACGCAACUACGAGCCUCAUGUGGACGAAUGCACCAGAAUUUUCAUAGAAUUGAUGAAAAAAAAGCAAGGGAAACCGGUGGAUGUCGUCACGUACGUCCACUGGUACGCCUUCGAUGUAAUCGCCAGCAUAACCUUCCAGAAACGUCUGGGAUUUCUCGACAAUGAGGGCGAUGUUCUGGGCAUGGUGUCAACGCGCACAUUCAGUGCCAAAUACUUUGCCUUUAUUGGGCAAGUGCCGUGGUUACAUCAAUAUCUGCUCGGCAAUCGACGCAUGGUUUUGCUGAUGAAGAAGAUGUUCCCCAACACUCCAGAUCCUCACGGCACUCUUUUUGCCACUAUUUCUGAACAGAUUGAUCAAUACGACCGCGAAGAGAGACAAGGUCGCACUGAUUUCCUGCAACAACUCAGAAGAAAAGACGACCCUGACCGAUUAAAUCACAAACGAGACUUGAUGAAUCAUCUGUCGAACAACAUAUUGGCUGGUAGCGACACCACGGCAAUCGCCAUUCGAGCGAUUUUCUAUUUCUUGGUCAAGACACCUCAGGUAUAUGCGCGUCUUCGGGAAGAAAUCGACCAAGCAGAGCGUGAUGGGAAGCUAUCUGAGCUCGUCACAUACGAAGAAAGCCAGACUCUGAGAUACUUGCAAGCAGUCAUUAAAGAGGCUAUGCGAUUACAUCCGUCAAUAGCUUUCCCAUUGGAGCGAGUGGUUCCUCAAGAAGGCGCCAGAAUCGGCAACUACAGUUUGCCACAUGGUACAGUGGUUGGCGUCCUACCACCUCUGAUCAACCGCAACAAAGCUGUCUUUGGCGAUGAUGUCGAUACUUUCCGACCAGAGAGGUGGAUAAAUGCUGAUCCGGAACACCUCAAGACCAUGGAAAGAUUUUAUACCACGUUUGGCCAUGGGUCUCGCGGUUGUAUUGGCAAAAACAUAGCUUUGCUCGAGAUCUGCAAAUUCGUUCCAGAAGUGUUGAGGAGAUUCGACUUGGAAUGGGCGUCCCCAUCUGAUACAUGGACACUGACAGCAGGAUGGUUCUGGAGGCAGAAGGACAUCACCAUGCUAUUCAACCCACGCGACUAG